AAUCCGAAGCUCAACCUGCCACACACACACAACCACCUACUGGUUGUCGUCGGCUUUUCUGUUUGUGCCAAAGUCACGGUUUCCUUAUCGGCGUGAAACGUUUGCUAUUAUGAACAAAGACACACCUCGCGCCUGACUCGACUUGCAAAAAUGACAACCAAGAAGCCAGUGAGGCAGUCAGACCAAAGUGGACAGAGCACAACAAAAGCAAUGGAGCAAGAGAAUAGACCUUUCAUAACCAAACAAGUGUUAGUGAAUAUAUGUUUAGGCCUUUUAUGUGUUUUGAUAUUUUUUAGUUUUCCAACUUUAGUUAAAAGUCAUGGACAUUCGCACGAUGGUGUUGAUCAUCACCACCACCACCACCAUCAUGAUCACGAUGGUCAUGAUCAUCACGAUCAUCAUCACCAUGAAAAACCAUCCUUUAAGUAUUCAAAAGCAGCAAAUGAAGCACAAGAACAGGUGAGAAAGGAAUCUCCAAGUUUAGGCCAGACGGCUCCACCGAAGAAGAGUGAAUCGAUGUCUGGAUCAGAUACAUCGUCUGUUUGGAUGGACGCUAUUGUAUCGACAUUGCUCAUCAGUCUUGCUCCUUUCCUGCUUUUGUACAUCGUUCCGCUUGAUGGCUCUGCUGAAAGGGAGCCGCUGCUGAAAAUUCUUCUUGCAUUUGCUUCUGGAGGACUGCUUGGUGAUGCCUUCUUGCAUCUGAUUCCUCAUGCACUUGCUCCCCACACUCAUGGUGAGCAUGAUGAACAUGAUCACGGCCACGGUCAGAGCCAUGAUCACAGCCACGGUCACAGCCACAGCCAUGGUGAAGAUGGUCAUGGUCAUGGUCAUGAUAUGAGCGUUGGUCUUGCUGUUCUGAGUGGAAUUCUGGUCUUCUUAAUGGUGGAAAAGUUUGUACGCCUUGUGAAAGGUGACCACGGUCACUCUCAUGGUCCGCCAAAGCCAGCUCCCAAGGAGGAAAAAGCUGGGAAAGAUGCUAAAGAUUCUGAAACCUCUAAAGGCAAGACAAAGGAAAAGACCAAAGAAGUUGUUCAGAAGAAAUCAGAAGGAGAUAUCAAAGUUUCAGCAUACCUGAAUCUAGCUGCUGAUUUCACUCACAACUUCACUGAUGGCUUGGCCAUUGGUGCAUCUUACCUUGCAGGCCGCAAUGUUGGCAUCAUUACUACUAUAACAAUUCUGUUCCAUGAAGUUCCUCAUGAAAUUGGAGAUUUUGCUAUUCUUAUCCAAUCUGGAUGCACGAGAAGGAAGGCAAUGAUGCUGCAGCUUGUGACUGCAGUGGGAGCUCUUUCGGGGACUGUAUUCUCCCUUCUAUCUCAGGGAGCUGGUGACGUGGGUGCUUCUUGGAUUUUGCCCUUCACAGCAGGUGGCUUCAUUUAUGUUGCCACAGUGACAGUUAUUCCAGAACUAUUAGUAGACACUAAGUUUUGGCAGUCUGUAAAGGAAAUAAUUGCUCUUCUUGUAGGUGUUUAUAUGAUGGUGCUUAUUGCGGAGUAUGAAUGAUUUAGUUAAAAUAAAAAAUUGAAUGGUUUUGAUUGUAAGACCAAAUCAAAGGAUUCUUUCUUUUUAUGGUGUUCUGUUGUAUCAUACUUUUGUUCAUGUCAAGCUGACUUAUGUGCCAUCUUCCUAAAGUCAAGCAAAUAUUGAUAAUAGACUUCUCCACAUGUUCUACUCAUGGCCUGUGUGUAUAGCAAAAUCUUAAAUGCUCUACUGAAGUUUGGGUCAGCAACAUUUUUUGUUUACAUCACUCUGAAUAAUCAUCACAUCGCUUUCAUGAAAAGAUUACAUGUCAUAUAAAAAGCAAACAAAAAUAUGAAAUCUCCCUAUUUUUUCCUGAAUUAUUUCUGUAAGAAUACUUAUUCAUAGCUCUAAGAGUACUUAAGUAUUUUCUUUUGUUUUAUGACUGAUAUCUCUCUGCAAAAUGUUGUUAAAUUGUGGAACUCCAAUGUCUGAUUGGUUUAUAAUUUUAAGUUGUUUGACUGAAGUGGUAUGGGCUAUGUUAUUUUUGCACAAUGUGUGUGUGUAUUUCAAAUGCCGGUGCUCUUUUAUUAGUUCAGCCAUUUUUUGUAAGAACAGCUCGCCAGGUGUGAGCCAUUUUUUUUCUUUUAAAGGGGGGAUGGGCCAUUCCCCCUGUUAAAUUUCCUAUGCGCCUGAUAGUGAGCAACCUGCAACACAUAUCCCCUGUUAGUAUGUAUACACAAGCCCCCCUUCUGUCCUGAGCAUUAAACUGCUCCAGCAACUAGCUCAAGCAGAAUUAUCUCAUGAUUUCUAGAGUACUUGUUUUUUCUACCUUCAGGCUGUGCUUGCUGUUAGUUGCUCCCAAAUUUCUCAUUCCACUAGUUGUUACAUCUGAUGAGGCAUUUAUUACUGUUUUCUGUAUCUUCCAAUGAAAUUAAAGUUUGUGGUA